ACAGCGCAGGAAGGCAGCGGGGAGGAAAAGGGCCGGAGAUCCCCCUGCAGGAGGGGCUGCAAAGCCAGCCCAGGGUGCUCUAAGGAGGAAAGAGCCAGCCUGUGCCGGGAAGGUGGCCGGAGCUUGAAGCGGAGCUGUGACCUGGUGGUCCCUGAGCAACCUCCCAGCAGGGACAAGCCCUUCAGGUGCUUGGAAUGUGGAAAGAGCUUCAGGAAGAGCUUCAGCCUCAUCCGACACCAGCACAUGCACACUGGGGCACGUCCCUAUACAUGUGGGCAAUGUGGGAAGAGCUUCAGCCAGAGCUCCAACCUCUGCACCCACCAGCUCAUCCACACCGGGGAACGACCCUACACAUGUCAACAAUGUGGGAAGAGCUUCAGCCAUAGCUCAACCCUCCGCAUCCACCAGCACAUCCACACUGGAGAAUGUCCCUACACAUGUAGGGAAUGUGGGAAGAGCUUCAAUGACAGCUCCACCCUCCGCAAACACCAUCGCAUCCACACUGGGGAACGACCCUACAAGUGCUUGGAAUGUGGGAAGAGGUUUCGGACCAGAGAGAAUCUCCUCAGGCAUGAGCGGACGCACACGGAUGAGAGGCCCUUCCGCUGCACCGACUGUGGGAAGAGCUUCAGCCAGAACUCCCACCUCAUCAGGCACCGUCGCAUCCACACCGGGGAGAGGCCCUACAAGUGUGGGGAGUGUGGGAAGAGCUUCACCCAGAGCUUUAACUUGACCUCACACCAACGGACCCACCGGUAAGGGAAGCCCUCGAGUGCCCUGACUGCAGGAAAAGCUUCAGUUGCUCUUCUACCCCGAAUGAACCCCCUGAUGGAGAGGCAACCUCUGGAGUCCAGUGACUGUCAGUCCAUCCCUUUUGACCAGAAAGAACCAGUCCCCUUUCCCAGGGGCAGGUUCCUCCAACAGGACCCUUCCUGGAGAGGUGUGUGGAUAUUCCUGCCUUGGCUGGGGACCCCCCAAGGUCACUCCUGGAGGUUGAGAGCAGAGAUCUCUCCCCGAGCGUUGGUCUGGGGGAGUUCCAUCCAUCUCUAAUUAAGAAUUAUUGCUUUUGUGCCAACUUUAGUAGAAUUGCUUCAACAAUUGCUUUAGUGUAGAGAACUGUCCUAUCUUAUCCUGUACUCCUGGUAGUUUUAGUGUUUCUAUUGUGCAGUCGAUAAUUCUGAUGAAGAUCUUUUGUCUGAUCAUUUGUAUCCCUAAAUAAUUCAUUUCUAUCAACAGAUCUGAUUUACCAUCAUUAAAACCUGGGGGACAAAAGUGGUUCAGUCACACCUCUGUAAUUCCUCUUAACUGAAAG